AAGAAAGAGAUGAUUGGUCCUGCAUUUAGAAAAGGAAAGACUCGGGAGUUUACUCUGUUGAUUCGGCUCCUCUUCUCAAUCUCCCUUGCUUUUCCUGUCGGACUCUGAACUCUUCUCUCUCGCCAAACAGAAAUGUCCGUUUCUUUGUAUCUCACAUCACUCUCCAGAGCCAUAAAACCCGCUCCCCCUAAAACCCCUAUAUGCAAUUUCCAUGCACUUCCCUGCAGAACCAGCCUCAAAUCUAACACCAUUCUUAAACCCUCCUCCCUCACUCUCUUCUUCACAACCCACUCGCCCAAACCCAGACAUCUGUUCAGACCCAACCACAACAACCCAAUCCGAUCCCUCUUCACCGGAAUUGUCGAAGAAAUGGGCGAAGUCAAGCAACUGGGUGUCGCCGAUCACGGUGGAUUCGACUUGAAAAUUCACUCGACAACCGUUCUCGAAGACGUCAACCUCGGCGACAGUAUUUCCAUUAAUGGAACAUGCUUAACCGUGACCCAAUUCGACACUAAAUUGUCCGAAUUCACAGUCGGAUUAUCCCCCGAAACCCUUAGGAAAACCUCGUUGAGCGAGCUCGAACCGGGGUCACUUGUGAAUUUGGAGAGAGCAGUCCGACCAGUGAGCCGAAUGGGUGGGCAUUUUGUGCAGGGCCAUGUGGAUGGAACUGGAGAGAUUGUGAGCACGGAGCCGGAGGGUGAUUCCUUGUGGGUGAAGGUGAAGACCACGCCGGAGUUGCUGAGAUUUAUCGUUCCGAAAGGGUUUAUCGCGGUGGACGGAACUAGUUUGACUGUGGUGGAUGUGUUUGAUGACGAGGGGUGUUUUAAUUUUAUGUUAGUGGCUUAUACUCAGCAGAAGGUCGUGAUUCCUUUGAAGAAAGUGGGGCAGAAGGUGAAUUUAGAGGUGGAUAUACUAGGGAAGUAUGUGGAGAGGCUUCUGAGUAGUGGGUUCGUUGACUCUAUCAAAGCUUCAUGAUCGAAAGGUGCUCAAACAGAGACCCACUUCUGACGCAUUUUAUUUGUUUUGAUCUAUCAGUGUCUUUUUUUGUAGAAGGAUCAAUUUUUUUCCACCUCUAGUUUCCCACAUAUUGUCGCCUGAAAAUUUUCAUUUUCUCGGGAGUUUUUUUUUUUUCCUGUGAAAUUAUUUUAUUGAAACACAUGAGACACAUGGUCGAUCAUUAAUUUUUUGAGAUGACUUGUAUGUUAAUUUUUCUUGAGAUUGUUAGUUUGGUA